GUUAAAUUCCCUAAUUUUAAGAUUUAAACUACAACAAUUAGAAACAGAGGAGUGUCAUUGACAUGAUUUUAUAUUAUGAUAGGCUUUGUGUGGUUAUUAUACCCCCAAAAAAAUCUAUUGGUUCGUACUGCUCCAAAGCUGUGCCACGUGGCUUUCGGGUCCCGUAAAGUCGGUUGGAUUUACCCAUACCGGAAUCUACCAUUCCACGCCGAUGAAGACUACCCACACCUCGCAUCUCAUAUUAAACGUUUAAAACCACCAAAAUCCCAAUCCACAAAAAUCGGUUCGAGUUGACUCACUAAAGGGUACUAAAGGGUGUGGAUCUUCGAUCGCCGGCCUUCGGCCACCUACCACAAUGGCCACCGCCGUCACACCUCAAUCCUUCCUUUCUCUCUCCACUCCGAAACUCAAAACCCAUCCGAACAAGCGUAUCUUCUCCCCAAAAUCCCAGCCGCCGCCCGCUGCCGCCAUGAUUUCACUGAAACCAAAUUACAGAAGACAACCUCUGCAGCUGGUGAAAUCAGUUGCCGGAGACCUUGACCAGAGUGACGAGUGUGCGGAGCAGCAGGGCGGCGUCGUUUGUAUGGAGAGCGAGGCCGAGAGGUCGGAGGUAGUGGAUCAGGUGGUUGGGGGUUUUGGAAGUGAAAGCGCGGGGAUGUUAUCGUUCGAUGGUGCAGCUGGGUUUUCUUCUUCAGCUUCUGGUGUAGGUGGACCGCCGGAGUCCGGCAAAGGGCAAAAUCAGGAGAAAACGGGGAGGUUGAUCGAUAGGGCUAUUAACGCGACUAUAGUGUUGGCUGCCGGCUCUUUUGCCAUCACCAAGCUGCUUACCAUUGACCAUGAGUAUUGGCAGGGAUGGACUCUCUUUGAAAUAUUGAGAUAUGCACCCCAACACAAUUGGAGUGCUUAUGAGGAAGCUCUUAAGACAAAUCCAGUAUUUGCAAAAAUGAUAAUCAGUGGAGUUGUUUAUUCCGUGGGAGAUUGGAUUGCACAGUGCUAUGAGGGAAAGCCUAUAUUUGAAUUUGAUCGAGCAAGAAUGUUCAGAUCUGGUUUACUUGGCUUUACACUGCAUGGGUCCCUUUCUCAUUAUUACUACCAAUUCUGUGAGGCUUUGUUUCCCUUUGACGAUUGGUGGGUGGUUCCUGCUAAAGUUAUCUUUGAUCAGACGGCAUGGUCUGCUGUCUGGAACAGCAUUUACUAUACGCUUUUGGGCAUGUUGCGCCUUGAGUCACCUGUCAGUAUCUAUAGCGAGUGGAAGGCUACAUUUUGGCCGAUGUUAACUGCAGGAUGGAAGCUUUGGCCUUUUGCUCAUCUAGUUACGUAUGGCGUGAUCCCUGUUGAGCAAAGGCUUCUUUGGGUUGAUUGUGUCGAACUCAUUUGGGUCACAAUACUUUCAACUUACUCAAAUGAGAAAUCUGAAGCUAGAAUAUCUGAAGUACCUGUUGAAGAUAAUCAGAGUUUGCCACCAUCACAGGGUCCUCCUGAGGUAUUCCGUCACUAACCUCUUAUUAACAAAUAAUUACCAUAUAUACCAACCAUUGAAUUUGGUCCUUUUUGAGUAAGGCUUUCCUUCAAAUUAUGGAUACCACAGCUAGUUGGUUCCACUGGAUUCUUUCUUUUACGCUGUAAGCUAAACAUCAGGGUGUUUUUGUAAUUAGUCUUUCUAUGUUAUACAUGGGGACUUGGCUAUUGGCAUGUUAUUCUGAUUACACUUUUGUUUGUUGUGCACUUUACAUAAAGCAGUAGAAGAAUGAAAGGAGCGAGUUUAUGAUGAGACAUACGAGAUUUUUCUUAACACUUGAUUGCAUUGGAAGAGCAAAACGCUUCUUAAUGAAGGAAAGAAAAGGCAAUGUCGCUUGUAAUGUGCGUUAUUUAUAUCUAUGUAGUGGGCAAUUCCCGAUGAUCUCAUAAUGUUGAUCCUUUGUGUAUAUAUAUUGUUCUUCAUUUUUACAUUUCGGGUGCAUAAAAAUCACAUGUAAGUCUUGUCCUUUCGUUCAAUGAUGCUGUUGUUUAGCAUAAUUCGAAGAUGACUGCGUAGUGGUAUAUAUAGACAAAUUAAUUUUGGUGUGUGACAUUAAUAUUACAACUUCCUGUCGACUCCACCCUAUUGGAGGAUAUUUUGCGCAGAUUGAAAUACCAUAAUUCAGAUACUAUUUUUUUUUUUUUUUUUUNUUUU